AUGCUUUCUCUGAUUGCCUUGCGCACAGCACAUAAUGCUGUUGACGAUGACAACUGGAAGUUCCCAUUCCCAAUCCCAACAAAGUGGGGCCUCUUAAGCUUUGGCUUUGAUGCUAACGAAGCUGUAGAUGAUGACAACUGGGGCAUCGGCUUCACAUAUCAUUCACCAUGGGGCAAGUUCUACAUCGGAUAUCACAAUGCUGCUGAAGAGGAAGAAGACGAGAACUAG